AUGAGCGACGACGACGGUUUCUUCGAUGACAACUUUUUCUGCGCCGACGAGACCCUCGCUGCGCUCGAUAGUGUCGUAGCAGAAUAUGCCGCUCGUGUGCCACCACCAACGACUGGGAAACCAGAUAAUCUCGAGGUGUCAGAACCACUGCCAAAAAGACAGAGAUUGGACAAUGUCCAGGAAACUCGCGUUUCCGAUGCUCGAAUAGCCACAGACGACCUCCCAGAAAUAUCUGUGUCUGGUGUUGGCAUGUAUGGUCUUCCGCCUGGAGUUUUUCGUGACUCCGACGCGACUUGGAACGUCAUUCGCCAUUCCACAGGUACCGCGUCUAUCGUUAAUGAGCAGAUAAAGAGUGGUCCAAGUGGGAGCAUGCAUGCCGAUACUAACAUUACAAUGAUAGAUGUAACGAAGCGGAAUGUUCACCUACCUCGGAGCAAUGGCAGCCGUCCGUCGUCUCGUGUACCGCAAUCUGGACCUGUUCAGAGGGGUAGAAAUAGACAUCCUUCUCCUCAAUUGCAUCAGCUACAGGCUUCUGGCUCUAACAUUCCAUCUUCUGGCCUGGCUCCUCCUCAAAUCUCGACAACAAAUGCUGUAGAAGCCAGAGUGCAAGACUUGCUGACGAAGUUGAAAGAGUCAGAAGAUGAAAGAAGGAGGAUCCAACUCGCACUUGAAGAGGCUAAGAAAGCACGCUUUUCAAAGGAGGGAGAAGUAACGAUUCUGCGCCAAACCAUCGAAAAGACCGCCAAAGAUUACGCCGCUCAAAUAUCAAGACUCAAGGCUGACAAGGAAGAAGCAGAUGCCAGGCAGGUGCAAAUGCAACGAGAUCGAAAGGACGAGAUGGAGAGACUGAAGACUGAAUUUAUAUUCAAGCAACAAGAAGCGGAGGCAUCACGAAGACCAUCGUCUGUGCGAUCCAAAAGAGCAGUAAAGGAGGUCUAUUCUCAAGCACUACCAAUGUCCCUUCAAAUGCAAGGGUGGAAUCCCAGCCGUAGCUCCCAGGCUGGGCCUAGUACUCCGCGUCGUCCCAAGAUUGCGCGGAAUCUUCUGAAGACUCCCGAAAAACCUCAGAAACUGCUUGACUUUCAGAAUGCCUUCAUGCCCAGCCCCCCAUUACUACCACGAAAUAAUACAAGAGAGAGCACAAAUUCUUCAAGUCAAAUAUUAAUGCAUAGCCAGGCUAUCAAUUCUCCGAUUUCUAGCUCUUCUAGAAGGAAUAGGGUUGAGGCUGAUUCUGAUGUUAAUAUGGACGACGACUUCAAAGCUGACUCGGAUGAAGCGGUUCCAAGCAGUGAUGAUGUAUUUAAUGACGACGGAAAUACGAUAACGAUAGAAGACCAAACUGAGGUCUUCGACCUGGAACCAUUCGACUGGAAAGCAGAACUGUUCCGAAUAUUACUGACUCAUACAUCAUCAUCAUCUCAUCAACCGACACUACUUUCGCUGACAGAAGCACCUAUUGUAACAGCCACUCACUCUAAUAGUCAAUAUAGUGAAGUCGUCUCAAACAUCCUUGCCAUCGUAGGCAUGUCGAGAAUUCACGAUUACCCCACAGCAGCCAUAGCUGUGUCGCCGUGUCUGGUUUCCAUGGCGUCUGUUUUGGCUACGCUAGAUAUCACUUCACAUUUAAUUGGAAUGCUAGAUCUACUAGUAUCACUCAUCCAUUCAUUGCCGUCAUUUUCCUCCAUACUACUGUCACAGACCGAUUCCAAUGGCGAUUCUCGCAUUAUGGUUUUACUCUCCAGCAUCAUCCAUACCCAUUUACAGCCCUCGAAGGAUGCGGCCUACCCAAAGCUACUUGCGAAGGAAACGUUAGACUUACUAGAAGUCUUAUGUUGGAAUGUUGCAACCACAGACAUUGACAAACUCGGCUAUAUAUGCCAGAAUCGAGACGUAUUCGCCGUCCUCCUUCAUAAUCACCAACCAAAUUGGGUUUUAUCCCAAGUGACUCACUUCCUUAUUCGUCUCAUGACAUAUCCUCAACUUUGUCAUUACAUACUCGCCUUUCCGACGUCCGAGUCGGAACAACCUGUCGCGUCCGAGACUACCAAAUAUCCUGUGCUCGAUCGGUUAUGCUCCUUCCUCAUUGAUAUCAAUCGCCAAGAUGAUGAGUGCCUGUCCAUGAAAACACAUAUCCUCAUCUUCUUCGCUUUGGUGUCAAUCGCUGAUGCUAAGGCAUUUGCUGUUCUGACCAGCUCAGUGGUCUUGGUGCCUUCAUUGGUUAUAUGUCUUCAUAUGCUGACGACGCCACUAUGGGAGGAAGAUGAAAAGUACACUUCGUCUGCGGACCUCACAUUGACGGUUGUUCGAUUGAUGAAUCACACGCUGUAUCUUCUUCAUAACAUCGUUAGCAGCGACCCGACAGCUAUGAACUUGCGGCAAAAACUUCUUCGCGCUCCACCUCGGCAUUUCAAUGGCAUCAUGCAUAUGUUCACUCUCACAUUUGGACGGCUAAGUUAUUCACCCCUGCCAGACUGGAUGCCAGUGCCUGCCCAGCUCGAGUUGAACAUCAUGUCAGAAAUGGCUAGGGAUAUGGUAGAACUUGUCCUAGAUCAACCGGAAGAUGAGGCUGUUUGGACAGCGCUCCAAGACACAGAUCUCGAUGAGGGCAAUGUGACAAACGAAGACGAUAUGGAAGAAGAACUCAUGGGACAAUGA